ACACGACAAGUUAUUGUUAUUUUCAUCGUAUUUGCAGCCAUAACGGACCCACCACGAUGCAACGGCUGUACGAGGUUUUGUACGUUUUCGCGGUUAUCCUGUUGUCGCUUUUCGGAGUAACAAACAGUUUUGAGUUAUCACACAUUGAAACCGAUGCCGAGAUUAUUGCUGACAGAAAACGAGCGAGCAACGAUAACAUUAGACCAGGGGAAAAUGACAAGAAGUUUUGGAAAGACAUCGGAAACAGUCUUCUGCACCAGAAGUUGCAAGAAAAACGACAAUACGGUGUGGCUAAAAACGUGAUCUUCUUCAUCGGUGACGGUAUGUCGAUAACCACGUUGGCCGCUUCCAGAAUUUAUAUGGGGCAGAUGAAUAAUCGAACUGGUGAAAACGAAAUGUUAUCAUUUGAGGAGUUUCCGCACACCGGACUGUCUAAGACCUACUGCGUGGACAGUCAAGUAGCCGACUCGGCGUGCUCAGCCACGGCGUACCUGACGGGUGUGAAGGGCAACAUCGAGACCAUCGGUGUGUCCGGCACUGUAUCCCUGCGUGACUGUAUCGCUAGCAACGAGCCCGAAAAUCAGGUGGAGUCCAGCCUAAGGUGGGCGCAACGCGCUGGCAAAAGGACGGGCGUGGUGACCAACAUGAGAGUGACGCACGCCACGCCGGCGGGCGCGUACGCGAACGUGGCCCAACGGGACUGGGAGUGUGACAACGAUAUAGCCAGGGACCAGUUGCUAAAUGACCAUAAGCUGUGUCUCGAAAACUCUCAAGACAUCGCUAGGCAACUGAUCGAAAAUGAUACGGGCAGAAAUCUUAAUGUAAUAAUGGGCGGUGGGAGGAGUAAGUUUUUACCCAACACCACUGUAGAUAAUUAUAACCAUCUAGGACAGAGAAGAGACAACCGGGAUUUGAUCCAAGAAUGGUUGAAUAAAAAUCGAAGAGAGGGGGAACACAGAGCUUAUGUUAGCGACCGAAAGGAACUGAAAUCUCUGAAUACUACACAGACGGAUUUUCUUUUUGGUCUGUUCGCCGAAAGUCACAUGCAGUACAACCUGUUGGCCAACAAGACGGUGGAACCAACCCUGGUGGAGAUGACGGAGGCGGCCAUCGAGGUGCUGUCGAAGGGCGACAAGGGUUUCUACCUGUUCGUGGAGGGCGGCCUCAUCGAUUGGGCGCACCACGACAACCUCGCGCACCUGGCCCUGGACGAGACAGUCAUGUUGUCCAAGGCGGUGAGACGGGCCACGGAGAUGACUUCCAGGGACGACACGCUGAUCGUGGUCACGUCGGACCACUCGCACACCAUGACGCUGAACGGUUACCCGCAACGCGGUAGCGACAUACUCGGACACCCCAGGAUAGCCAAACUGGACAAAAUGCCGUACUCCACCCUGAGCUACGCGAACGGGCCUUCCGCGAGACCGACGGAUCCGGCCACGGGGCAGCGGUAUAACUUGACCAACGACAACACGUCCGACCCCACUUAUAGGUUUCCUUCAUUGGUAAAACUGGUAUGGGAAACGCACGGUGGAGACGACGUAGGGGUGUUCGCCGUAGGGCCGUGGUCUCACCUGUUCGUCGGCAACUACGAACAGAACUUCAUACCGCACGCCAUCAGCUACGCGGCUCAAAUGGGACCGAACGAACAUCGUGUGGACGCCUCUAACCAGCCGUCGUCGGCAUCCAAGGACUUCACAUUCUUCUCAAUCGCGUUACUUGCCUUCUGCUCUAUCGUUUUACAUCUGAGCCGGUAACGAUACACGUAGCAAAUACUCUUCCGGUCUGACAGCGAUUCCGUACACUCAUCACGAUCCGUGCGAUUCGGUGUCGGCGAUUUUGUAAAUUAUUAAUUAUUAAAAACUUUUAGAUCUUAA